GGGGGAGGAGCAGAGACUGGCAGCAGGGAUUAGAGGCUGUGGGCUUUUUAUAACAUUUAUAUACAUUUUAUAGCAUUUCUAAUGAUCUUUUAUUUAGUAUUUUUGUAGGACUUUUGCAAGCCUAAACAUCUCUCCUUUUAAUCCUCUUUCUUUUUAAAACACUGAAGCAAUAUUAUACUUAUACUUGACAGCAGAAAACUAUUUUAAAAAAAGACCGAUUUACUAAGCAAUAUCAAAGGCAAUUGAUGUUGUAUUUAUUGUUAGCAGUAAGGAUCGCAGUUAUUCUCGUUUUAAUAUUUGGGAAAUAAGUAAGAAUGACAGCAGUGCAGUUUAUUAAUAUCCAGAGGUUGCUGGAAGCUGCUGAAUAUUUAGAAAGGAGGGAGAGAGAAUGCGAACACGGAUAUGCAUCAACAUGUCCUUCUAGUCAGAACUCAAACUAUCAAAGACAACGAAAAUUCAGGAAUAAAAAAUCUAGCAGCAAUGACAACAGGUCUACACACAACGAAUUAGAAAAGAACAGACGAGCACACCUCCGACUGUGUUUGGAGCGACUUAAGGCACUUAUACCACUGGGACCAGACUGCAACAGGCACACAACACUGGGGUUACUCAACAAAGCCAAAGCACAUAUUAAGAAACUUGAAGAGACUGAGCGUAGGAGUGAGUACCAGCUGGAGACCCUGCAGCGGAAGCAGCGGUACUUACAGAGACAGCUGGAGCAGCUCCGGGGGAUCCAGGACGGGGAGCGGAUACACGUGGACAGCCUGGGCUCUACCCUGUGCUCUGACCACUCCGAUUCAGAUCGAGAAGAGAUUGAGGUGGACGUAGAAAGCACAGAGUUCUCCCAUGGAGAAAUGGACAGUGUGAGCACAACCAGUACCAGCGACCUCGAUGACCACAGCAGCCUGCAGAGCAUGGCCAGUGAUGAGGGCUACUCCAGCUGCAGCAUUAAGCUUGCCUUCUCCACCUAGAUGCCUGGAGCAGUGGGGGUGG